AAUUUAUCUAAUUCAAUUAUUCAAAAUCUCACUCCAAAACCCUCGUUCUGAUUUUGUCCGACAAUUGGGAGUGGAGAAAAAUGAGAGGGGUGAGCUCAAUGCUACGUCGUUUGGCAGCCGGAAGAGUCCCUUGCGUCGCCGGUCGAUCGCUUUCUGUCUGCGAGAACCUAAUUAUCUCUUCGGCUGCCGCCGCUUCGUGCUCCUCCCUAAUCCUCGCCGAAGACGGGAUCCGCCCGCUUUUCUUCUCAUCAUCAACGGCGCCUGCAGGCUUCCAGGGCGCUUUCCUGAACCAUUCUCGGAGCUUCUCCUCUUCGCCCUCCACAGAUCCAUCCAAGGUGGUGUCAAUUGAGUCUGAGGAGCAGUUUAACGAUUUACUUCGCAAGGUCCAAGAUGAAUCUUUGCCUGCAAUAUUCUAUUACACUGCUGUUUGGUGUCCCCCAUGUAGAUUAUUAUCCCCCAUAAUUGGACAGCUCGGUGAGAAAUACCCCCAUGUCACUACGUAUAAAAUAGACAUCGAUAAGGAGGAGCUAGGAAAUGCAUUGGGCAGGAUGAACAUCCAGUCCGUGCCCACAUUGCACUUCUUUCAAGGUGGUAAAAAGGCCUCAGAGGUGAUUGGGGCAGAUGUUCAGCUCCUUAAGGAUACCAUGGAGACACUCUACAAAAAGUGAAGGCUUACUUUCGAGUCCACAACAUAUGUACAAUAAUAGGGUGUCGACAUAAGUUCAGCAUAUUUCAUAAUUUAAUUUCGAUUUCUGAGGCAUUUCUUUUAUCAGUUUAUGUAACAGAUGGAAGCUUUAUAUGGCAUUAUGCUUGUUGCUCUAUUCUCAAUCAUCAUGUGCUUGUUUUGGCUUUUACAUGUGAAGCUAUUCUUCAUUUUACCUCUUGCAAAACAAAAACAUUUCUUCUGUCUCGAAAGAAAAC